AUCUUUCUUACCGCCCGCCGCCCGCCGGCCGGCUUUGCAAUUCAUUCAACCUCCCUUUUCUUUUCACCCGGCCAGAGAGCUUGCGUUGUAUUCUUCUCCGAUCCAGCGUCAUCAGCUCAGCCUGCAGCAGGUCCCGUCCCGGGCGGCCGCCUUAGCUUUUUGCCUUGCCGUUUCCCCCCGGCUUAGGAACCCUCGAAAAGACGCCUCACCAUCUCCUUGGUGUCCUUGCUAACUAACUCCCCAUUAAAUUCUUCUUCCUCCCGCCGGGAGCUAGCUGCCCGCCCGCUCCUCCCAAUUGCUUCAUAAGCUAGCUAGCUAGCUGGUCAUCAGCUGCCUGCUGCCCACACGUACCCAACGUCCCCACGCCGCGCACGCAAACCGGCCGGCGGGAGCACCAACCGGGCCAGCAGCAGGCCGGGAAAGCUAGCGCCACGACCGACCGAGCAAGCUAGCUUGCUAGCUCUAUUAGGUGCCCGCCGCCCGCGCGCGCAAUUAAAGGAGGCGGCUGCAAGGGAGGAGAAGAUCGUCGCCGUCGAUCGAGCUGAUCGGCAAAUUAUUAGUCUUCACGGUGGUGGUGUAUCCAUCCAUCGACAUAUAUAUGCAGGGCGGUGGUGAUCAAGGAGGGAGCCUGGGCAUGGACGUGGGCUUCGCCGGCGGAGCCCAGUGCUCGUCGUCCUCGGCGACGGCGGCGGCGGCCGCCGCAGCCGCGGCGGAGGCGGAGGAGCGGCAGCUGCUCAAGGGGGAGAUCGCGGUGCACCCGCUGUGCGAGCAGCUGGUGACGGCGCACGUGGGGUGCCUGCGCGUGGCGACGCCCAUCGACCACCUCCCCCUCAUCGACGCGCAGCUGGCGCAGUCCAGCGGCCUCCUCCACUCCUACGCCGCCCACCACCGCCCCUUCCUCUCUCCGCACGACAAGCACGACCUCGACUCCUUCCUCGCGCAGUACCUGAUGCUGCUGUGCUCGUUCCGGGAGCAACUGCAGCAGCACGUCCGGGUGCACGCCGUGGAGGCCGUCAUGGCGUGCCGCGAGAUCGAGCAGUCACUGCAGGACCUGACCGGCGCGAUGCUAGAGGAAGGCUCAGGGGCGACCAUGUCGGAGGAUGAGGACGAACCACCGAUGCUGGAGGGGGCACUGGACAUGGGCUCGGAUGGGCACGACAUGAUGGGCUUCGGCCCGCUCCUGCCCACCGACUCCGAGCGCUCCCUCAUGGAGAGGGUCAGGCAGGAGCUCAAGAUCGAGCUCAAGCAGGGUUUCAAGUCAAGAAUAGAGGAUGUGAGGGAAGAAAUCCUUCGGAAAAGGAGGGCCGGGAAGCUGCCUGGGGACACCACCAGCAUCCUCAAGCAAUGGUGGCAGCAGCACUCCAAGUGGCCAUACCCCACGGAAGACGAUAAGGCGAAGCUUGUUGAAGAGACUGGCCUGCAGCUGAAACAAAUCAACAACUGGUUCAUCAACCAGAGGAAGAGGAAUUGGCACAACUCCCAGACGUCAACCCUCAAAUCAAAGCAUAAAAGGUGAUGGAUCGGAGAUCGAGCUGCACAAUGUAUACCUGACACAUAUACCAACAACGCUAAUCAAACGGAGCUGGACCAUGGUGACUCACUAAAAAUAAAAGAGGAUCGACCGAUUCAACUGUAUAUCUAGUCAUUAGUCAGAGGUGACAGUUUCAUGACACACACACACUAGUUCUGACCACUGGCAUAUUUGUUUGCUGUGAUUUUUAUUUGAGCUCGUAUGCUCAUGCACAUUAUUCUUGUUAAUUACUGUAUAGAUAUAAAGUGUCCCCACUGUACGUAUAUAAUCUGAGGAUUAAUUCAUUCCCUGUGCAAAUUAAAUACCAUCAUCAGCUGGCAGGAGGGGAAAAAUAGAGAAAGAUAUUGCAUU